GAAAAAUACACAUUUUUGGAAUUUUAACCAAUAUUGAAAUUGAAGGCACACUUGUAAAAGACUCUAAAGCAUUUGUAGAAACAUUAGACAAAGUAAUCGAAGGCAUACUUGUAGAUGAUUAUGAACUAUUUGUAGAAAUGUUUGACAAUGCAAUAUCUGAAAAUGUACUUGUAGAUAAUUCUGAUGUGGUUGUAGUAAUACUAAAUGAAAAAACACUUGUGAUCGAAUCUGAAGAAGCUUCGUGA